GAAAGAGUUUUGCGCAUCACACACUUCUGCGCUCGCACGUUGGGGCAAGCAAUACCCGGCCGCUCGUCCGCUCAAUCUACCAAAUCGCCGCUCGCUCGCGGCUUAUCGCCGCUCGCGGCUCUUAUACGCCGCCAGGACGGACAGAUAUGGAAACGCCGCUGAAUUCCAACGAGCGACAUCGGGGCGGUGGCGGGGGAGACGGCGAAGCCCUCAUAAGGGGAGUGGUCUGCCGCAACCGCUGCCCCGCCGCGGCGGUGUGCCUCGAGUGCCCCGCUGAUCCUCAAGCGCCGCUGCGGCCGCCAAUGCACAAGAGCUGGUCUGGGCCGGAGCUGAUCUGGGUUGCUGGUGGGGGUGGUAGCAGUAGCAGUAGCACCACCACUGCCACCAUCACCGCCGUUGCUACAGCCGUAGGCGUGCACGCAGCGGCGGCGGCGGCUGGCAGUAGCAGGAGUUGGCCAUUCGCAGAGGCGGCUCGCCGCCUCCGCUACAGCUUCAUUGUUGAUGGAGGCGAUGAGGAUGGCGAUGAGGAUGACGACGCGGGGCAGCACCUGCCGACUUGCAAGGGCGGGGCCAGCGGCGGCGGUAGCGGCGGCGGCGGUAUCGCUGGCGGCAGGAUCACAGUGAGCUGCCGUGGCAGUAGUGCUGGUAGUGGCAGCGCUGCUGUCGAGCGCGGUGGUGGCGCUGCUGCUGCUGUUGCUGUUACUGAUGAGCCGCUGAAGGAGGGCGGCGCAUCGCGAUCGGUGCCCGCUGCUGCUGGCGGCGGCACGGCAGCAGGGUAUGGCGGCGCCAUCGCUGGGGUGGCGCCGCCGCCGCUGCCUGCUGCUGCUGCGCCUGUUGUUGUGGUGGCCUCUGCCGCCGCCGCGCCCUGUUCCGGCACCGGCAUCAUGACCGGCGUCGUCAACUCGGCGGCGUACGAUGUUCCGGUCGUGUGCUUUGCUGGUGGUGCACACGGCGGCAGCGGCCGCCGCCCCAACGGCGCUGCCACGGCGACGCCGCCGCUGCCGGCGGAAAUCGUGGCCGCGCCCCCCAUUGAACGACUCGCUGUUGUCGACGCAGCCGGGGGCACCAGCGGCAGCAUGCAUGGUGGCGGUGGUGCGGUCCGGGUGCCGGUGCCGGUCGCGGCGGCGGCGGCGGUGGGGGGCAAGCCCGCGCGCGCGUGCGGGUUCUCUGAGGGCGUGUGUGUUUGUGGCGGCGGCCUGGGUCCGCCCCACUGGCCCGCUAGCGCCUGGAUGCGCUGCGCCUGCUGCGUCAUCUGCAUCCUGUACUCCUGCGACGGCACUACUGACGUCGGCGACCUGCGGCGGCGGCCGCCAUGCCAGCCCUGGGGCCGGCAGCAGCGGCGCUGCCUGCAGUGCCGCCGCGUGUUCGCCGCCCCGGCCACAGCUAGCUAGCUAGGUGUCAUACGGCAUGCCAGCUGGCUACUGCUGAGCGCCACACGCCCGGCGAGUGAAGGAACUACGCAUACGUGCACCGCGUGGGCCCGCGAGGACAGUUAUGCGCACGGCAGUUACGGUGCCAUGAUGAUCAUGUGCUUAUACAUACGGUCAUCGUAAAUUCGUAUUUGUUGGUUGGGCUCCAGGCGGAUCUAUCCCUGCGCUGGGCGGAUGGGUGCGUGCAGCAGGCUGCGGUGCAGGCAGCGAACCACACCCCAUCCCGCCGCAUGUCGCAUGCGUACAUAUGUCGUUCUGUUCACCGACCGCUCUGUGGUCCCAGUGUCAAGCCAGUAUGCCGGCAGUGCAUUUCGCCGUCACAGGGCGUACGGGCCAGUGCAGGUCACAGGUUGACGUGUGUCUAGGCUAGAGUAAGACAGUGAGUGUGCGUGUGCGUGGCUUGGCGAGCAUGGCGUGUCGUUCGGUUGUUGUCUGUGCACCGCGUGCCGCUCUGGUCCCAGCGCACCAGCUUCCUGAGGCGGGCGGCCUUCACUGCUUGCUUUGAGGGAUGCGAUGGGCCUGUAUGUGUGUGCCACCGCUUAUUCUCGUUACUGUGGAAUGGGAAACAACAACGUAGACGCACGUGGCUGUAUGGGGUAGAGAGUGCGCCUGCUUGGGUGCUUGCUUGCUUGCUUGAGCAGCCGCCAGGACCCGACAGAAUACGAUACAA